AUGAAGAAGGGAUCAGUAUCAUCAUCAUCAUCAUCAUCUUCAUCAUCAGCAAUUACAACCCUCAAAUUGAAUGACGAGUGUGAUCGAGAUAGUGAUUGUAAUUUAAUUAUUAAAAAUAGCCGCUGUCAUUUGGGAUACUGUCGAUGUUCACCAUACUGGGUUGAAUACAAUGCCACCCGUUGUGUUGAAUCAACACUUUUAGGAAAUGAUUGUAUGAUGACAGAGCAAUGUUCCAUGAAAGUUGCUAAUAGUAAAUGUCUUGAUGGUGUAUGUCGAUGUCAAGAGGGAUACUUACAAUUUCGAAAACACACAUGUCAUACUUCUGCAAAACCAGGUGAAUACUGUUACAGUCAUGAACACUGUCGUUUGUGGGACAGUGAUACAUACUGUGAUUUUAUAUUACCAGAUUUAGUUGGUCGUUGUCAGUGCACAGCACCAAUGAAAAGAGACGGUCAAGUUUGUCGACAUGAUUCACUUGUUAUAACACAAUUAACAACAACAACAACAACAACAACAAUACAACCAACAACAACAAUUAAAAAUGGUGUACCAAUUGUUGAAGAUAGCUCAACCGAAGAUGUUGUUAAUAAUACAUCAUCUGUUCAGGAUGAAAACACAAAUGAUACUGGAGUACAGUUAUCAUGGCUUAAAAAUGCAACUAGAUUAUUAUCAACUGUUGAGACGACAACAAUAUUACCAAUUUUUUUAGUAACAAGACCAAUGUAUAGAACACCAAGACCUCAUAAUUAUGCUGAAACAAAUGAACUUCCUGAUGAUAGAAAUUCAGUUGUCAUUGAUGCUGAUAUAUCAGCAGAGCCAACAGCAUCAACAACAUUAAAAACAUCAACAACAACAACAACAAAAACAGGACCAACAAAAGCAGAUCGACAUGAGACAAAUACAUUAACACCAGUUAGUCUUGGUUUAUCAUGUACAAAUAAUAUUGAAUGCCAAAUGGCUGAUAAAAAUUCACGUUGUUUUGAUGGUUUAUGUGAUUGUACAAUAAAAAAUUAUCACAAUCAAAGUUGUAGUGCAUCAAGAAGUGGAUGUCAAAUUGGUACAUUUCAAUGUCGUGAAAGUGGUCGUUGUAUAAGUUGGUUUUUUGUUUGUGAUGGUAGAUCUGAUUGUAGUGAUGGAUCUGAUGAAGAAUGUAGUAAUGGACAUUGUCCAAGUCAAGCAUUUAAAUGUACUAAAAGUGGUAUAUGUAUAUCAAGAGCUGGACAGUGUGAUGGUAAUUUAGAUUGUCCAAAUGGUGAAGAUGAAAUUGGCUGUAAUAGUCGACAAAGAUGUCCUAGAGGAACAUUUCGUUGUAAUGAUGGUAAAUGUCUUCCUGCAUAUGAAUUUUGUAAUGCUGUUAAAACAUGCAAGGAUGGAAGUGAUGAGCCAAAGGGUCUUUGUUUAACUGGUACUAGAGUUCGUCAACCCACAAGAAGUUGUCCAUUUAGAUGUGGCAAUGGACGUUGUAGAUCUGAUGCAAUAACAUGCAGUGGACGUGAUGGAUGUGGUGAUGGAAGUGAUGAAACUAAUUGUUCUGUUUGUCAAUGUCCGGCAAUUGUUGUUGCAUAAAUAAUAAAUUCUUCAAUGCAAUUUAUGACAAAAUUAUUUUAUUAUCAAUAUCAUGUAUACAUAAAAUAAAACUUUUUACAUAAUUUUUUUUUGCGGCUUUAGAUAUGACCAAAGAUCAUUAAAAUGAGCCAUAAACAAAGCUGUUUUAUUUUCUUUUUUAUUUUAUUAAAUUGUCAAGGUAUAAAAUAUAAACCACACGUGUGAAAAUAUUUUAUUAUUCAAAUUCUUGGUCAAUACAUGAGUUUACAACUACAAAAAUUUCAUUUGACAUUGAAAUUUUAUUUGAAAAAAAAAAAAAAUGAUU